GGAAGUGCAGUGUGCCUAUAUAAGUUUCCGCGUAGCUGGUGAGGCUUGGUCUCUCCGGCGCCGACAGCGAGCGGCCAGUAUGUCAGCGACAGGAGCCCCGGGGGAUGCGCAGGGCGACGCCGACCGCGACGACCCUUCCGGAGACCUCCGUAGUGUGCUGGUCACCAGCGUGCUCAACCUCGAGCCGCUAGAUGAGGAUCUCUUCAGAGGAAGGCAUUACUGGGUACCCACCACCCAGCGGCUCUUUGGGGGUCAAAUUGUGGGCCAAGCCCUGGUGGCUGCAGCCAAGUCUGUGUGUGAAGACGUCCACGUGCACUCCCUGCACUGCUACUUUGUUCGGGCAGGGGACCCAAAAGUGCCAGUGCUGUACCACGUGGAGCGGACACGAACAGGAGCAAGUUUCUCGGUGCGCUCCGUGAAGGCCGUGCAGCAUGGCCAGGCCAUCUUCAUCUGCCAGGCCUCCUUCCAGCAGAUGCAGCCCAGCCCCCUGCAGCACCAGUUUUCCAUGCCCACUGUGCCCCCACCAGAAGAGCUGCUGGACCACGAGGCCCUCAUUGACCAGUAUUUAAGGGAUCCUAACCUCCAGGAGAAAUACCGAGUGGGGCUGAACCGAAUUGCUGCCCAAGAGGUACCUAUUGAGAUCAAGCUGGUGAACCCACCCACCCUGAGUCAGCCACAGGCACUGGAACCCAAACAGAUGUUCUGGGUGCGAGCCCGGGGCUAUAUUGGGGAGGGCGACAUCAAGAUGCAUUGCUGUGUGGCUGCCUAUAUCUCUGACUACGCCUUCCUGGGUACAGCAUUGCUGCCCCACCAGUCCAAGUAUAAAGUGAACUUCAUGGUCUCGCUGGACCACUCCAUGUGGUUCCAUGCCCCCUUCCGAGCUGACCACUGGAUGCUCUAUGAGUGCGAGAGCCCCUGGGCUGGUGGCUCUCGGGGGCUAGUGCACGGGCGGCUGUGGCGUAAGGACGGGGUCCUUGCUGUGACCUGUGCCCAGGAGGGUGUGAUCCGAUUGAAGCCUCGGGUAUCAGCAAGUAAGCUGUAGUCAAAGAUAACUGGCUUGGCCUGGGAUUGUAAAGAACUCUUUCUACUGCCAUUCCUGAGGCAGGAGUCACAGCGGAGAGCUGGGCUGCCCGCCCCUCAUGUCUAAUAAAGAAACUGCCAACACUGGA